AUGAGCCAAAAUGCCGAUGAAUAUGAAGCUUUAACGGCCACUUUACUGUCGUUUUACAAUUUUUUCAGGCACCAAUUCGAGCACAUUAUCAAACCAAGACUAAUAAAAUUUCGAGCCAUGACCGAGAAAGAAAGAGCUUUGCUUCCAUGGUACGAAGCGCACACAGGGGAGUUAAAACAGUGUAUCGAAGUAAAUCGUGGAUUUACGGAAUUACUAUCUACAAGCAUUGCAAAUGACUGGGGUGUUGCUGGAACAUCUCUAGAUUGGCAUCCAGCUGGCCCUCGAGAGUUUGAGAUAACCUCCACGACGUUAUUGCAAUUGAUGAGAGAGUGGAGUGACGAGGGCCAAGCUGAAAGAGACGUUGCAUUCACUCGAAUCAUAAGCGAGUUGGAAGAGCUUUAUCCUGAUGAGCCGUCGCGACAAUCAAUCAGAAUAUUAAACCCUGGCUGUGGCUUGGGUCGAUUGGUUAUGGAGUUGGUGAUAAGAGGAUUUUGGACACAAGGAAACGAGAUCAGCUACCACAUGCUAUUGGCAUCAAAUUUUAUAUUGAAUCACAGCCAGUUUCCUCACAGCCAUUCGAUAUUUCCGUUUUUAUCGAGAUCGUCGCAUUUGGUAAAGCGAAAGUAUCAAACAAGGGGCAUCACAAUCCCCGAUGUGGCACCGUUUGCGGUCCUCUCAGAAUUGAAGGAGAAAACUCCCAGUAUUGCAUACGAAGAAUUGAUGUCAAUAACUGCCGGCUCGUUUCUUGAAUUAUACGGUCCAAAUAAACCGAGCGACACUUUGAAUGACCCGGCUGCCAUUGAGUUGAAGAAUUCGAGCAAAGAUAGCUUUGACGUCGUUGUUACGAAUUUUUUUUUAGACACAGCAAGCAAUAUCAUCGAGUAUGUGAGAGCAAUCAACCACGUUUUGAAAAAUGGUGGCAGAUGGAUAAAUUUCGGUCCAUUGUUGUGGCAUUUUGAGGGUGACUACAAUGUCAGCUACAUUAAUAGAGAAGAUAAUGUCUCUAUACCAGAUAUCAAAAAAGGGUUAGAGUUAUCUCGCGAAGACUUGCUUGAGUUAAUCAAGAAUAUGGGCUUUGACUUUGUGAAACAUGAGUCUGACAUAGAAAGCACAUAUUGCAAGGACAUAAAGCUGUUGGGUUCAUUUGUUUUCAAGUGUGAAUAUUGGGUGUGUAUUAAAGUGAGAUAA